AUGGCUUCUCGGAAACACGACCUGAUCGAUAUCUCAGCUAGUGAGGAUGAAGCCGACCGCGGCUAUGAUUCCGAGGAGAAUGCGGCGGAGAGCAAAGGACGAUCUGUGAAGCGGCGCAGGACGGCGGACAACCAAGAUCCCUUCGGACUCGAGUCUGACGAAGACGAGAGCGAUCUCAAUGAAGAGGAAGAAGAGGAGCCACGUCCCAAGGGCAAGGGCAAGGGUCGCAAGCAAAUAAAGACGACAGAAGACACAGACGAAGAGGACGAGGAUGAGGACGAGGAACUAAGCGACGAAGAGGAUGGAGGCGCAAGCCUAGAUGUCUCAAACGAGUCUUCCAGCAAGCCAAAGACCAAAUUGCUAAAUAGCAAGCUCGCAAAGUUGACAAGCGGAAAACCACCCAAGAAGGACAAGAGUGGUGUGGUGUAUCUGUCGUCUCUCCCACCAUAUCUCAAGCCUUUCGCGCUCAAGAAUAUGUUAGAGAAGCGAAAUUUCGGCCCGAUCACAAAGGUGUUCCUUGCUCCUUUGUUACCAUCAGCGGCUGGGCAGAAGCAGAAGUCCAACAAGCGCAAGCUCUAUACAGAUGGCUGGGUCGAGUUUAAGUCCAAACGGCACCUAUAUAGGACAGCGAAACUUUGCGCGGAGACACUGAACGCCCGAACUAUAGGCGGUCUCAAGUCCUCCUGGUACAGAGAUGAUCUGUGGAACAUGAAAUACCUAAAGGGAUACAAAUGGAGCCAUCUUAUGGAACAGAUCCAGAUGGAGCGCGCCGCGAGGGAAGCUACACAGCGUCUAGCUGAUCAGAAGGCCAAGCGCGAGGACAAGGUGUACAUUUCUGGUGUUGAGAGUGGGCGUGUUGCUGAUGGAAUCAAGAAGAAGGAAGAGGAUAAGUUGAAGAGGCGGUUGGAGACGGAGGAAAGCUCUGAAGUGAAGCAGGCGCAGAAGCCUGCGCGCAAGAUAAGGAGGACGUUUGAGCAGUCGAAGACUGUCAAGAAUGAUAGUACUUUGGCUGGUGAUACCCAGCGAGUGCUUGGGAAGAUCUUCUAA